AUGACCCGUAAUUCAAUGGAGGAAGUUAAAAAAAAGGAAACUGCAAACACCGGAAAUGGAGGGCUACGUCGCCAUAUCUCCGGUAGGUGGAUAUCCAAUGUUCCUAGUUAUGAAGGAAAUGAAUGGAGUAGCGAAGAAUCAGAUCCAGAAGAGAAUGAGAGCAAUCCCACGAGUGCCGAUUCACUCGCAAAUCUGAAAUCUAAGGAGGGGACUAAACACGAGCUUGAGGAUCAGAUUUCAGAGGUUUCGGAGGAAGAUGAAGAGGAAGAAGAGGAUGAUGACUCUGGUGAUGAUACGUCUGACGACGAUUACGGAUUUGACGAAUCCUCAACUUUUAUAUAUCGCAAAGAAGCAUCUGGUAGCCAAGAAACUCUUGCUACAAAACAUGUCACAGCUGAUGAAAGUGCAAAGGUGUGGGCUGAAAAACGUAGAUUGUUGUUGCAGCGACUAGGAAAGAACCCAGAUUCUAAGCCUGCCGAUUAUACAGCAACGUACAUGUCUGCAAACGUAAAACAGUCUGCUUCACCCUUAGCUGAAAACAGAAUGUUCGGAAGAGAAGCAGCGGCUGGUCCAUUUACCGCAUUAAACGACGCAGCAUCAGCCACAUCACAUAUGUCUUCCCAAAACCAAAAUGGGCCAUUUGGUGAUAAAAGUAAAGAUGCUACCAACGAUGCAUUUGAAGGAGAUCAAACAGACAAACUUUCGCCUUCUAUUUCUCAAGGUACCGAAAAAAAACUUUCUUCAUCAUUUUUCCAUCCACCUACGGAAAAUACUACUUACAAACCUGUGCAGGAUGAAACUGUUCAUCAUGAACAAUAUUUUGAGCGACCCUUAGAUACCACCAACUCUUCCCAAGCAGAAUCAUACUUUGAAAAUCCUUACUCUGCUCGAAGCAUUAAUCAGAAACAACCCAUUGAGCAAAUGAAGUAUUCCGAAUCUAAGUCAACAAUUGCUGAAAAGGGAGGUGAAGAUGUUUCCAAGGAUUCUGAAAGUUCUGAUGAUACACCUUCUUUAGCUUUGCAUCACCCCGAAAGCGAAACCCCUCAAUAUAUACAAUCAGAGAGUGAUGAUUCUUUUGCUUUGCCUGCAAUGAAGGUUGAAGAAAAUCGAAAUAAUAAGGAGCUCGACAACGACUCUGGACUUGAGAACUUAGAAAAACCGACGAUUGAGACUUCAAACCCCGUAUUGGAAAGUCCAGUACCCAAGACUUUUGAGGAUAAGUUUUUUCAAAAGGAAGAUGAUCUGAAUGUUCCAUUAGUUGAGUCUCCCGAACAAAGCUCUAUGGCUUUCAAUGAAGUUGCUGAGACUUCCGUGGGUUCCAAUGCAGAAAUCAUAUCUGCUCCAUCAUCUGAAAACGAUGAUGCUUCAAAAGACCAGGAUAAUGGAACACAUUAUCCUGAAUCUCCAUUUCUAUACUCUCCUCAUAAAUAUGGAGAGGAUCGUCGUUUUGAGAGCGACGCAGCUUCAACUUCAGAUUAUGAGAAUAGUUCGCAUGAUGCGGCAGCUUCUUCUGGCGAAGAAGUAAUGUCUACCCAUUCCAGAAUUUUAGAGAGUUCAGACGAUAAUAGCUCAGUGUUUACUAAAGAUGAUGCAGUUGAUCCUCCUCUAAAUCAUCCUUUGUACACGCUGGUUGGCAAAACUGAGAGUAAUUCUAACGUUUUUAAAUCAAACGCCGAGAAGACUGUCUCAGAUCUAAAAAUUCAUGAAAAUGGUAAUCUACCCUUAACAGAGAAAAAAGCCUCUGUAUUUAAUACUGGUUCCCUUUCUGAGACUAUGUCAAUAAACUCAAAAGCAUCCAAGUUACCUGAUAAUGAAUCAAACGAAAACAACGAGAGUUUGGAAAACUUAUAUAACUAUUUGUCUGAUGAGACCGAUCGUAAUGUUUCUAAAUUAAACGCUAAUGAUCCAUUUUGGUCUGAGGGUUUGCAAGACGAUUCUCAAGGUGUAAGGGCUACCGAAAGUACAACUUCAUUCCAUGAUCAUUUACCAACCAUAAAGGAAGUUGAUGCUGGAAGUGCCGUUCCUGAUUCUUCCAAUUUAAUCGCUGAUAAAAAUAACGAUAAAGGUGACACCUUGUCUUUGCCUAACGUCUCUGAAGGUAGCCGACGGACUUCCAUAAAUACAGAAGAAUUAGAAGCAGCAGCUUUGACGAGAGGUUCAUUACCAUCAAUUCCUGCUAAAACGAAUGAGAAAGAGUCCGUUAAACCACCUGAAAGUACCCCCGCUGUUAAUCCAAGGAACAAGACGGACCAGAUAUCGAAAACACCUCAGUUGAAGAAGCCUGAAAGUGAAAAAAAUUCUGGAAAAGUUACACACGACAAAAGUCUUCUUUACUUCGCUUCCCUUGAAGCUUUUGUAAAAAGUCCUUUAAUUUCAAUUAAGGAAGUGAAUAGUUUAGGAUCUACAGACCAUAGAUGUAACUUUUUUAAUCGCAAGAUCGAGGAGUUACGAAACUACGAUUCAGGUUUAGAUAGUUGGAUUGCAUCUUCUCAAGGGAAUAAGGAGGAUGUAACUUCCUCAAAAACGUUUUCCAAACCUGUUCAGAUGGAUUACAAUAAAAAGUACCCUGCUCGUGCUGCUAGUCCGGCCAAGUCGUCGGGAUCCAUCAAGCAUAAUAUUGCAGCGGAAGCUAGAAGGAAGUCCAAAUCCGCUGCUAACGAUUUCCUACAAAUUUUUAAGAAAAAGGGAAAGAUUGACACAGACAACACAUUGAAAGAUUCAAGAGAUUCAAAAGACAUAAAAGGCAAAAAGAAGCUUUUCGCCAAGAAAAUUGGAUUUAAGUCUUAA